AUGCCUGAAUAUGAUGCAGGAUACUUUUUCUGCACAGCACAUAAUCGACUUGGAAAGGCGCAUGCGCAAGUGGAACUUGUAGUUGUAGAUAAAGCGCAAGUGCAAGUGAACUCCGAGAACUCGCUGAGUACACAGGAAGCUGUGAACAUCACUUGUUCGGUAGCAGUGGAUUGUGGGAAAUCAUCUGAUUGUCCGGAAGCGUUCUUCAAAUGGACGUUUGAUAAUCGCUCAUUGGAAUCUAUACCGAGUUUGCACAUAAAAACCAAGUUCCGUGAGCAAAUGCGUCCGUCAACACAUGGGCGUCGACUUGUGCAAAAAGUCGACCUUCAGAUGUCACCUUCUGGAAAAUCUGCGAAACCCAAUAAAGUCGUGUGUUUUUCCCUGUAUGGUGAAGAUACUUUGGAGCUAGCACCAAAGCCAUUGAUUCCUGCUCCACUUGCGGUGAAAGCUGAACAGGAUAAACAGGCUGUCCGUUUAGCAUGGAGAAAACCCAGCACCCAUCGUGAUAUAAGAAAUCAUGCGAUUAGUAGGGAGAAUGAAGCAUCUGGCGGAUAUUUGGUGGAACUUCGAACUAAAGAGGAUCGUCAGUGGAGGCCUGCUCCUCGUGAAGUUGUUGCCGAAACAGAUUCUCAAAGCGUUUUGCUUGAUGGCCUUUCUCCCAACACUCUUUAUCAGUUUCGAGUGCGAACCAUUGACUCGGUCAGCUCUGGUGACCUUUCUGCACCCACAACUUGGAUCCAAACCCCUCCAGCUGCUCCAACUGAGGCUGUUGACGGACUACGAUGGAGGACGCUCGACAAUAACACUAUUUUUGUUGAGUGGAAUCCGGUGGAGAAGGUGCAUAGCUCUGGAGAACAUCUUCGAUACCGAUUAUCAUGGUCGCUAGAGGACAAUGACAAGAUUGAGACUUCAUCCGAGGGAAAGCGUUCUUUUCGCACUCAUCACCAACUUGUAGAGACGAAAACACCCCAAGCGAUAGUCAGAAUGAACACAACGGACGAGUGUCGAAUGUUGAUCUUUUCCGUGAGACCAGUGAACGAUCAGGGAGUUGGCCUCACUAGUACCGAUACGGUAGCCUUUAUAAAUAAUGAAGGUACGUAUUGGUCUACCUGA